AUGUUAACUUUGAAACUGUUGACAAAAACAAAAGUCGAAACAUCAAGUUUAAAAGAAGAGAAAUUUGGUGAUAACAUACCAUUAGGUGUGACAAUAAUUGAUGGUAAUUGUUACUAUGAAUGUAAAAGUUUAAGAAGUGUUACAAUACCAUCGAGUGUCACGUUUAUUGGUUAUGGAGGUUUUUUUAAUUGUAUUAAUUUGAGCAGUGUUAUUAUACCAUUAAAAGUAAAAUCAAUUGAAUAUCAAUGUUUCUUUGGAUGCAGAAGUCUAAGUAGUAUUACAAUACCACCAAGUGUGACAUCGUUUGGUAAUUGGUGUUUCUAUGAAUGCAGGAGUUUGAGUAGUGUUAUUAUACCAUCGAGCGUGUUAUCACUUGGUAAUAGAUGUUUUUAUGGAUGCCAAAGGUUGAGUAGUGUUAAUAUACCACCAAGUGUUAAAUCAAUUGGUGAUGAAUGUUUCUCUGGAUGUUAUAGGUUAAGAAGUGUUACAAUACCAUCAAGUGUUAAAUCAAUUGGUGAAAAAUGUUUCUCUGGAUGUAGUAGUCUAAAAAGCGUGAAUAUACCAUCAAGUGUCACAUUUAUUGGUGAUGAAUGUUUCUCUUGGUGUAGUAGUUUAAGCAGCGUAAAUAUACCAUCAAGUGUUAAAUCAAUUGGUGAAAAAUGUUUCUCUGGAUGUAGUAGUCUAAAAAGCGUGAAUAUACCAUCAAGUGUCACAUUUAUUGGUGAUGAAUGUUUCUCUUGGUGUAGUAGUUUAAGCAGCGUAAAUAUACCAUCAAGUGUUAAAUCAAUUGGUGAAAAAUGUUUUUGUGAAUGCAGUAGUCUAAGCAGCGUAAAUAUACCAUCAAAUGUUAAAUCAAUUGAUAAACAAU